UUAGAAACAUUUGUUUAGAGAACUACCAGCGGCAUCAUUUCCGCUUUACGUGCUGUCAUGGCAACAGACCACCUGUUUGUGGACGGAAGUGCGUACAAAACAAGCUGCUGUGUGUUUGGGUCUGGAACCUAUCUAUUCAUCUAUCACCAAAUUAUAGGUUUUAACCGUCUCCAUGGCCAACUAUAGAGCGUCCGAGUCAAAGCGAGAACAGUUCAGGAGAUACCUCGAACGAUCUGGAGUUCUGGACACUUUAACGAGCGUCUUGGUGGCUCUUUAUGAAGAACCAGAUAAACCCAACAACGCCCUCGACUUUAUAAAACUCCACCUCGGGACAUCGGGUCCAGAACCCAGAGACUCAGAGGCGCUUCGAAUGGAGCUGGCUGAUCUGCAGCAGAAGUGCAGCCUGCUCAUGGAGGAGAACAAGGAGCUGAAGAACAGACUGAUGCAGUACGAGACGUCGCCUGAGGAGAGAGCUGGAGUGUAGGACGGCUGCGGUGCUGCUUUUGGGGGUCCCGGGAAAUAAAAUCAUUCAUCACUGGC